AUGCAUGACCGGCUGGCAUGUCCAGUAGCUAAGUUUCUGUCCAGAAAGUUGAAAGAGGCUAUCAAGGGUGCUGCAGAGAGCAAACUUGCAUUUGAUAAUCUCAAUGAGACAGCCCAGCCUGACAUGGUCAUUCUAUGGAAGGAAGAGGAGGUAAUCGCUCAUGCAAACAGAGCGGAGGGUCCUGCAGCUAUGGACAUCUAUGAGGUCCGGUUGGAAAGGGGCAAGUCUCCAACAAGAAAACAGCAGGAGUUGUGCCUGUUGCAGGCUCAAAAUUGCCCUGAUCAUCCGGUCAUCAACCCCCCUGGUCAACAAGGAGCUGCCACUUGGCUCGCAACCAGUCUCACUAUAGAGGAAUCCCAAAUAUCUCUCUCCAGGGAUGUGAAAAGGUUACAAAUGCACCCAACAGAUGUGCAAUUGUUGAAAGUGGCACGAUGCCGGGAUAAGCUUCACACUCAGAUUACGAGGUUUCUGGAGAUGGCACCUACUUAUCUUGGUGUCGAUGUCGAUGUCAAUGACCCGGAUUCUCCAGUGAUUGUUCACAAUUCACUCAAUGAUAAUUAUGAAGAUUACUCUGAUUUUGACGAAGAUCAAAAUCCCGGUCCAGACAUUCACGAUGCUUCCAUAUUUCAACCUGGAGCUAACUGUCAUACUACUACCAUCCAACAUUGGUGA